GGUUUUGUAUUGUCAGAUUGUAUGUAAUGUUCUAGCUGUGAAAAGAAAAGGAAACACGUACAUUUUCAGAUUUGUUCACCAAUGGCAGAUGUCAUAUUCAUAUAUCUGAUCUAACCAUCCUGACUAAGGUUGUCGAAUUCAUUUAUUUUAAUGUGUUUUAGACUUUAUCAUGAUGUCUGAACAUUAUGAUGUUAAGAGAGGGAAUGGUCAUGCAGGCCACUAAUUAUGUAUUUAUUAUUCAGCAAUGCAGGUUUCUUUCAAUUAAUGGCACAUCUCCACUGCAGAAGUUCAUUUGGGUGGGGUUUUCUUCUUGAUGUUUGCCAGGUGAAGUGAAGGCAGCUGCUGCGAUUAAGAACCAUCCUCCCUGCGUCUGGUGCGGUUCAGUACGGUUCUCUGUUCCGGUUCCUUUGCCCAGACACUCUCCCACAUGGCUUCGUCGCUGCUGAGCCGUCAACUGGCUUUGUCCCUGCAACAAAAUCUGCGCCUCAGUGCACCAGGCUGCAGAUAUGUCAGCAAAACAGCCGCAAAGUCGGUGGUGGACUUUGAGUACGAUGCUCCCUCAAUGAAGACUGAAGUCCCAGGGCCAAGGUCCAAGGAACUGCUGAAACAGCUGGGAGAGAUUCAGAAUGUUGGGGCAGUCCACUUUUUCUGCAACUAUGAUGAGAGCCGCGGGAACUACCUGGUGGACGUGGACGGGAACCGCAUGCUGGACGUCUACACCCAGAUCUCCUCCAUCCCCAUUGGUUACAAUCAUCCUGCUCUCAUGAAAGUCAUGGCUAACCCACACAAUUUGAGUUCAUUUAUCAACCGGCCAGCUCUUGGUAUCCUGCCACCUGAGAACUUUGCAGAGAAACUGAAUGAGAGUCUUCUGUCCGUUGCUCCCAGUGGUAUGUCCCGUGUGCAGACGAUGGCGUGUGGCUCCUGCUCCAAUGAGAAUGCCUACAAGGCCAUGUUCAUCUGGUACAGGAACAAAGAGAGAGGACACAACAUCCCAUCUGAUGAGGAGGUGACGUCCUGCAUGGUCAAUCAGAGCCCAGGCUGUCCAGAUUUGAGUAUCCUCUCCUUUAUGGGAGGAUUUCAUGGGAGAACUCUGGGUUGCCUUGCUACCACACACUCCAAAGCCAUUCACAAGCUGGACAUUCCGUCCUUCGACUGGCCCAUUGCACCCUUCCCGAAACUGAAAUACCCGCUGGAUGAGUUUGUCCGGGAGAACGCCCAGGAGGAAGCUCGCUGUUUGGAGGAGGUGGAGGACCUGAUUGAGAAGUGGAAAAAGAAGGGUAAGCCAGUGGCUGGCAUUGUGAUCGAGCCCAUCCAGGCGGAGGGGGGGGACAACCAUGCCUCUGCCGACUUCUUUAUCAAGCUGAGGAACAUUGCGACCAAGCAUGGCGCUGCCUUUCAUGUGGAUGAGGUUCAGACAGGCGGUGGAGCCACGGGGAAGUUUUGGGCCCACGAGCACUGGGGCAUGGACGACCCUGCUGAAAUUGUCUCCUUCAGCAAGAAGAUGCUCACGGGAGGCUACUACCACAAAGACGAACUGCAGGCCGACAAGGCCUACAGAAUCUUCAACACGUGGAUGGGAGACCCUUCCAAGAACCUGUUCCUGGCUGAGGUUCUCAACGUGAUCCAGCGGGAGAGCCUCCUGGAGGAGGUGACGCGCUCGGGGAAGACCCUGCUCCAGGGACUCUAUGCACUGCAGGCCCAGUACCCUCACCUCUUGAGCAGUGCUCGUGGUCAGGGCACCUUCUGUGCCAUCGACAUCCGAGAUGACCCUACUCGCAACAGCUUGAUCAUGAAAGCCAGGAACAAGGGUGUUCUUCUCGGUGGCUGCGGUGAGCGGUCGAUCCGUUUCCGCCCGGCGCUAGUCUUCAAGGAGUACCACGUGCACCAGUUCCUCAACAUCUUUAACGACGUGUUGCAGGAUUACAAAUAAGCAUGUUUGGCCUCGGGGCGGGGCGGGGGGGUGGGUGGGGGCGGAGUGGAUGGGGUGUUAGCGUAGCGUGUAGCUUGGCAGUCCUGCGGGUCUUGCAGAGGCACAGAGAGGUUCGAGCCCACAGGAUGGGGCUUUUUGCUCCGCCGCAAACCAUCCCAGCAAAGCCCAGUCCAGCACACAUUAAACCUCUCACACAUGUUUAUUUCUUUUUAUUCUUCUUCUUCUUCCUUGCCCUGAUCUUUUCUCUCCUUCCUCAGAAAUGCUCCUCCACAGGAGGCACACAUCUAUCUGCCUCUUCUUUACUCCCAGAUCCGCACAACUACAAGGAGCUUUUGGGUGGAUAAUGUCACUCAAAACUCCUCCUAUCUUUCUGGGUCAAAACAGCACAAGAUGUAUAUUUUGAAUAUCUGCUUUUGCCAACCGUUUGGUUUUUAUCACUGUUAAUGACAGCAAUAGACUAACAGCUUCAGCGAAGGCUGCUAACAGCUAACUUCACUUUAGCCCUAAGCAUACCUUGCUGAGGUUAGUACAACAUGUAUGUUUAAUUCUCAAAAGCAGAAGAGAGGACGAGAGCACAGGUAUCGUUAGCUUUUUUGAUGCCAGUAUUGCGGCUUAUGUUUGAGUCGUUAUGUUUAUAGAACUUUCUAGUUCAAGACACCGGUGACAAAGUUGCUCAUCUGUCAGGUGUUUGUAGUUUUUGCCUGAUUCUCAUAUGGUGUUCACAGAGCAUCACUGAGAAGGCCUUGCAUUUGUUGCGUCCUAUUCAGGGCAGCCACACGGCUACUGAAAAAGAAUACCUAGCAAUAUUUUAGCCACGUGGUAAGCCAUGGUGUGAACAUUUGAGCAUUCACCCAACUCCCCACUUGAAUGCUAGGAAGACUUGACAAAAAUCGUGAUCGGAAUUGUGAUUAUGCUCAUAUGACAUGCAGGUCUUUGCUUAGGGUGUUAAUAUCAUCAUUUUUCAAAUCACAUUAUGAGAUUCCCAAAAGGUUUGCAAAAACGUUAUUUUUUUCUGUGGAAUUGCAGUAAAGACAAGCACACGACGGUCUCGUUGUGACAACUCCAUCUUCAUGCUAACUGAAUGAACCUCUGAGCUCAGUGGUUCCCGUCCUGGCAUCGUUUACCUGAAGCCCUUACAGUGAAGCGCUGUCCCUCUCCUGGUCGAAUGACAGACAGGCUCCUGGAGGUGGCAUUCGACUGCCCCCACAGACCCCAGACUUCGCUCACGAGUUGGCAAAUGUCCAGAGCGAUGCAUCAGCUCUUCCUCCUGUCCCACAUACACAUAGACAGACAGCCAAACCCUACUCUCACCCAGUUAUGAGCGUGCUUAGAAACCCUUAAAUCAACAUGGCAACCCUGCAUCCUGUUCAUGCUUAGCUUGGUACACAGGUGAACAUGACCCCCCCUUAAGAAAAUCCUUCCGUUUUACCAGAUGAUGUGGACUCGUUUGAUGUCUCCGAAAUCAGACCGUGUGCGAAGUGCUGCAUGUUUUGGUUUCUUUUGAGUAUUUGGUAUUGAUAUAGUCUAGAUGCACAGACAA